AUGGAGGGAGUGCAAGACACAGAAGAAAAGAGUGUGGCACGGGUUGAAAACCGCCCCGUCAAUAACUACGAUGGCGAGGCAGCGAUGAACCGCCCAGACCAAGAUGCCCUCGAUAUGGCGAAGCUGGGUAUAGCACAAGAAACCAAGAGAAGAUUCGGUUUAGUGACAAUUUUGGGCUUCACAACCUGUAUUAUGGGCACAUGGGAGUCAUCUCUUCCAUUUUUCCUCACUGCCUAUUACAAUGGAGGCCCGGUCACCAUGGUGUACGGGUUUAUACUUGCCUUCUUUGGCUCGUUGGCGACAUGUGCGUCCCUUGCUGAGAUGGCUUCAAUGUUCCCCGUUUCAGGAGGGCAGUACUAUUGGGCGUCCCUUCUUGCUCCCCCCGGAAAGGUAAAAUUCCUUAGCUUCUUGACGGGCUGGCUUUCUGUCCUGGGGUGGCAAUCCGCCUCUGCUACGGGGACUUAUCUUGGUGGCACGAUCAUCCAAGGGGUUGUUAAGCUGAACUACCCCGAGUAUACACCAGAAAAGUGGCAGGCAACCCUUAUGCUAUAUGCGGUACUUAUUCUCUCCGUGUCCGUGAACGUCUCUCUUGUGAAGUGGCUUCCGGGCGUGGAAGGAGUUAUCUUGAUCAUCCAUGUGGUCGGGUUCUUCGCCAUUCUGAUACCAUUAGUCCACCUUGCCCCUAUCAGCCCAGUGGAGUUUGUUUUCACGGAAUUCAUAAACACCUCAGGCUACUCGAGCAGUGCUCUCUCCUGGUUGAUUGGUCAAUCCGCCAGCGCAGUCUUGUUCAUAGGAUACGAUGGUGCUUGUCACAUGGCGGAGGAAGUGCAAAACGCACGCAUAAACGUACCAAGAGCUAUGUUUUUCACCAUGUUCAUCAACGGCGCCAUGGGCCUUUCCAUGUACCUCGUUAUCCUUUUCUGUAUUGGAGACAUAGACAAGGCUAUCAACACUCCGACUCAAGUCCCCUUCAUCGAAAUCUUUCACAAUGCCACCCAGUCAAAGACAGCAGCAACUGUUCUGACAUCGCUACUAAUCACAACAUACAUUGUCGCAAAUUUCAAUUUCAUGGCAUCUGCUUCGAGACAAGCUUGGGCUUUUGCCCGCGAUGGUGGUUUACCAUUUUCACACAUCUUUCGAAAGAUUGAUCAGAAAAAGUCUAUUCCCCUUUAUGCAAUUGCGCUUACCGGAGUGUUAAAUGCUCUUCUUGGCUUGAUUAAUAUCGGGUCAACGAUCGCUUUUAGUGCAGUUGUCUCCCUCGUCGUAGGCGGCUACAUGUCCUCCUAUGUUAUUGUCAUUUGCGUGAUGAUUCACAAGCGGCUCACCACCAACAAAAUCGAGUUCGGGCCUUGGAACCUCGGCCGAUAUGGUCUACCGAUUAACAUAAUUGCGGUCAUAUACACUUUUGUUACGGUCAUAUUUGCAUUUUUCCCUCCACUUGUCCCCGUCACUGCUGCCAACAUGAAUUACUCAGGUGCUGUAUAUGGCCUGGUUGUUAUCUUUGGCAUUGUGUACUAUGUGGUCCGAGGCCAUAAAACUUUUAUUGGUCCAAAAUUGCCGCGAAAUGCCCUGUAG